GUCUAAGAGUCAUCUUGCCGGACAACGCCUCGAAUCGUCUAUUCUCGGAGGUUACGAUACGCUAAUGGGAGCAACGAUGGAGAACGAAAGGCGUAAAGAGUCAGAGAGUACAAUGACCUCGCUAUCUACCUCUCACACAGCCAAGGACACCACCCCAGAUGUCAUCGAAUGCAAAAACGAUGGCGGAUCGAGCCAGGACCACCGUGGAAAUGACAAUAAUGGCAAAUGUGAUGGCGGCCAGGCAGGCAAAGACCCCUCAACCCUCGAAGCACAGCCAGCAGAUGAACAAGGACCAGUUCAUUCAGCCUUUACCAAGAAUGAGAAACGCUUUAUUAUCACAAUGAUCUCCAUGGCUUCCUUUUUCUCGCCUCUGUCCGGCCAGAUCUAUUACCCUGUCAUGCCAACCCUUGUCCGCAACUACCAUCUGACCACGGCUCUCGUUAAUCUUACGGUGACGACAUACAUGAUUCUACAGGGCCUGGCACCGAGUUUUAUGGGUACGUUUGCGGAUUCAGGUGGUCGACGGCCGGCCUACAUACUGGCGUUUGUCAUCUACACCGCGGCGAAUAUAGGUCUAGCAGUGCAGGAUAGCUUUGCAGCACUACUUGUACUGCGUUGCCUUCAGAGUGCGGGAAGUAGUGGUACAGUGUCAUUUGGAUACGGUGUUGUGUCAGAUAUUGCUACCCCAUCUGAACGAGGCCGGUUCGUUGGCCCCAUGGCGGCAGGUGUCAUGGUAGCACCAGCCCUAGGCCCUGUUAUCGGAGGUAUCCUGGCAAAGUUUCUCGGCUGGCGCAGCGUAUUCUGGUUUUUGGUGAUUAUCAGUGGUGGAUAUCUAGUCGUCUUCACCAUCACGAUGCCAGAAACCGCGCGCAGGAUCGUCGGGAACGGCAGCGUACCCCCGAAAGAGUGGUGGAGGAUGUCAUUGAUCCAGUACCUUGCUGAACGUCGUCGAGUGAAGAAAAUGUCGAGUGAAGAGCGAGAGGAACAUGAAGCACAGCAGCUGGCGCUGAGCAACAGUGCGAGUCAUACUAGGAAACUUAGGUUCCCGAAUCCGUUGGAAACGUUUGCGAUUCUGCUGGAGAAAGAUGCGUUGAUUAUCAUCUCAUUUAUUGGGACAGUGAUGUUCGCGAAUAUUGCGCUGUUGACCAGCACACCCAAUAUUUUCACAAAAAUAUAUGGGUUCAAUGAUCUUCAGAUUGGUUUGUGUUUUCUUCCCCUCGGAAUUAGCGCCUGUCUUGCCGCCAUCCUCAACGGCAGACUCCUCGAUUGGAACUACCGCCGUACAGCAACCCGCCUGGGCUUUUCCAUCGACCGCAAAAAAGGUGAUGACAUCCGCACUUUCCCCAUCGAAAAGACCCGCCUCCAGACCUUCUUUCCGUUAAUGUCGGUUGGUAUCCUCACUUACCUCCCCUAUGGUUGGGUUCUACAAAAGCGUGCACCGCUCGUGGCGCCUCUUAUCCUCCAGUUCAUCAUCGGGUUCUGCUUUGUUGCUGCGCUUAACACACUCAACACUUUGAUAGUGGAUCUGUUCCCGGAUCGGUCUGCCACUGCGUCUGCAGCAAAUAAUCUGGUUAGGUGCUGGUUGGGAGCUGUGGGAGCGGCGUUAAUUGAUCAGAUGCUUAGAGGAAUGGGUGGGGGAUGGUGCUUUACGUUUCUGGGGCUAGUUAUGGCAGUUGGGCUGGGGUUUGUGUUGUUGGAAGGGAAGUAUGGGAUGGAGUGGCGGGAGCAGAGGCAUGUGAAGAUGGAGAGGAAGGAGGAGAAAGAGAGGAAGGAAGAGGAGAAGAAGCAGGAGGAAUAAAUGAAGGGCCAGGAGGGGGGACAGGAACAGCAGCAAAAUGGGACUGUUUCUGGCACUGGUAAUUCGUAGAAGGGUGUUAUGUUUUGGAUGGC